UGCAGUGCACACGUUACCACCAACAUUUUGGAUCAGGUUUUCUCGCCGGCCGGCGCGGGGUAUAGGGGGUAUAUGAGGGUUUAGGACACAACACACUAUCAAACUUUUUUGUGUCUCCGUGGUUCAAACGGGAAUAUUUUGCUUAUCAUCUAAAGUCAAAGUUUCAUUUCGUUUUGCCUGCUUCAGAUAGCGGAAUUUGUUAAAUAAUUAACAAUCUUGUUGCACCCUUACCGAACUCGAAUCAUAAUGGGUGAUUUUACCGGAAAAGUUAUCACCUGCAAGGCAGCGGUGGCCUGGGAACCAAAAAAACCGCUGUCGAUCGAGAGCAUUGAAGUUGAUCCACCCAAAGCAGGAGAAGUGCGAAUCAAGAUAGCUGCUUCUGGAGUUUGCCAUACUGAUGCUUACACUUUGGAUGGACACGAUGCUGAAGGGGUGUUUCCGGUGAUCCUCGGACACGAAGGAGCCGGCAUUGUUGAAAGCGUCGGCGAAGGUGUAACAAAGUUCAAACCAGGGGAUCACGUAAUUCCGCUGUACAUUCCGCAGUGUUUCGAAUGCAAGUUUUGCAAAAGUCCCAAAACGAAUCUCUGUCCCAAGAUUCGUGCCACUCAGGGAAAGGGACUGAUGCCGGAUGGUACAACAAGGUUCACUUGCAAAGGUCAAAAGGUUUUCCAUUUCAUGGGAACCUCGACUUUCUCAGAGUACACUGUUGUUGCAGAGAUUUCUCUGUGCAAAAUUGAUGAUACAGCACCUUUGGACAAGGUUUGCUUGCUCGGUUGUGGAAUUCCAACUGGGUAUGGAGCCGCUUUAAACACUGCGAAAGUGGAAAAAGGAAGCAGCUGUGCUGUGUGGGGAUUAGGAGCCGUUGGGUUAGCCGCCAUUAUGGGAUGUAAAGCUGCUGGAGCCAGUAAGAUCAUUGGUGUAGACAUCAAUCCGGAAAAAUUUAAAAUGGGAGCUCUUUUCGGAUGCACAGAAUUCGUGAAUCCGAAGGAUUAUGAUAAACCAAUUCAGGAAGUACUGAUCGAGAAGACAGAUGGCGGAUUGGACUAUACGUUUGAGUGUGUUGGCAACGUACAGACCAUGAGAGCUGCCCUGGAGUCCUGUUGCCGUGGAUGGGGAGUUUCCGUUAUCAUUGGUGUAGCUGAAUCAGGUAAAGAAAUUUCAACCCGUCCUUUCCAACUUGUCACUGGAAGAACUUGGAAGGGGACAGCUUUCGGUGGAUGGAAAAGCGUUGAAAGUGUGCCAAAGUUGGUGAAUCAAUAUCAAAAGAAGGACCUGAUGGUUGAUGAAUUCAUAACACAUACCAUGGCUCUAGCUGAAAUAAACAAUGCAUUCACGUUGAUGCACGAAGGAAAGAGCAUCCGUGCUGUCGUUAACCUGUAAUUCAAAUGAAAGGAAUGUAAUAAUUUCAAACAAGAAAAAAAUACUUAUGCACGUUUUUUAGAAAA